UAGACAGCAAAGCUCUGGACAGCAGCUCAGAUCGAGGUGUGUCCCUCAGCCUUCGUUGAGAUUUGCCGUGUGGUCUUGAGCAAGUCUUUUAAUCCACUUUGUGCAUCAGCUCCCUGGUUGCAAAAUGCUGAAGCAUUUCCCAAAAUAAAAUGUAGCAGUAACUGAAUUACUGGUACUCCUCAGCAAUGAGGAGCAAAGUAAGCAAUUUAAGAAAAAAAUGAAAAUCAAAUGACCAAAUUAUUAAAGCCUGCUUCUUGUCAAAGGGUAAAUAUUUCCUUUUUGUUUUCUGCUUAAUUUAAUAAAAAGGAAAUACUAAAAAUCAAACUGGAUAAAGCAUGGUUAUAAUGCUAGUAGGUGUAGCAACUCAGAAAGCUGGUCUGUGUGCCUUAGGACUCUCCUUUAUUGGUCCACAUUGUGAAACCCUGUAAAUGUUUGGGGGAGUUUAAAUUCCAGUCAUCUUAAUUAGUGUCUAAGAGCUGAAUGGGUCUUGUUUAAGACCAUUUUUUAUGGCCCUCUCUUCAAAGACUGAAAUUCAAAAGGAUAACUGAAAUGUUGGUAUGGACCUUACAAUGGAUCUAAAAGUAUUACAGAUAUUUAUAUUAGGGACAUAUGUAUAACCUACUUACAGAGGCACCUGUCAUGUAGCACAGAAAGUGUUUAGCGUAUGUUAAAGAUGACUUCACAUGUUACGUUACAAAUAUAUUAUAGACUGAACAGGAAUUAGUCGAUGGCAUGGUAAUAAACUUGGAAAUAAUAUAUGAUUCUCUGUUCAGAAGCAGUUAUGAACAAGGAUAAAAACAACCCUGUUCAGAGAUUUUAAUGAGUCAUGGAUUUUAUCAUAAAUGAAUACUAAUGAGUUCAACUUGAAGUAUGUCCUUUUUGAUGUUUUUUAUGAUUAAAACUGUUUGGGUGGUCUAUCUUAAAUUGAGUUCUUUUACUGUUCAAAGAGAGAUCCUUUUUAGGUGUGCAUGUGUUGGUGGUUUUUUUUUUUUCAAAGAGGAGUAAUUUGUGCUUAUAUCUUCUGGGGAGUGCAAAACACUGGAGUUUGCACUUUUAGCUAUAUAGUACUGCCUGCACAGUGAGUGCUGCUGAAAGCUGAGACUCCCCGCAUAAUCCUGUUUGGUUUUUUUUUUCCAGUCUAUUAAUAGAACAAAAUACUAAAAUGCUUAAAUACUUGACAUGAGUAACUGUGCUGCUUUUGAACUGAAAACAAAAGCUGCCUACGGAGAUGAUUUUUUUUUUUUUUUCUUAAAAGGCUAGUCCCAGGUGUGUUAAAUAUGUACUUCUUUCCUUUUUCUUUCACAUGCCUAACCAGGACAUACCCAGUGGGACCAAUAUCUCUUUUGCAGUCAUUGCUGCAAACUAUUCUGUGAGAAAACGCAAAUUAUGCUAUUGAGCUGUUCUCUCUCUCUUCUUAGAAAUUAUUAUGAUCCUGUAAGUUUUGUGAAAAUUCGGAGAGGUAGGUAAAGUAUACCCCAAUGGAUGCCUCCCACCAGGCAAGGCUUGGAGAAGCUGGCCAAAGUCAGCUCCUGCACGCUCAGCUCGAUGGUGGCUCUCAGUCCUGGCAGCACAGCUAAGGCAGUGCCGUGGUAGUGCCUGUCUGCCAGAACACCACUUUAUUUUUGUCCAGCGAUUAUCAGGAAGGCUGUCCAAGAGGAGCUAGGGAUUACGGGGCAAACAACACAAAGCUGUAGGAAACCAGGUUUUGGCAGUUGUGUUGUAGGCUGAUCAAGCUUGCUCAUGUAGCUGCCAUCUCUCCUGCAGAUUUUCUUUAAGAGGCCUUAAAGCAGCUCUUGUCAGUUUGAAAUACAGUAUUUUUGUUGAGCUUUUUUGUUUCUUGCUGAGCUUAAUUUUGGGUGUUUCACCAGGUGCUGUCUGCUGCUGGUGACUUUGCUUUGCUUUUGAAAUGCCUUCUAGAGAAGGAGUAAACAUUGGAAGUUUGCUUAUCUGAAACACUGUUAAUCUAUGAAUAAACUGGAAACAGCUGUAUUAAUUUAAAAUGUUAUUUGUAGGCCCCUGAAUUUGAAAGCAAAAAAAAAUAGUAAAUGUAAAAAUCUUCUGGUCUCCAGGAAUCUCGUUAUUAACAAGAAAGUUUCGGGUGUUUGGGAUGACAAAAGAUGACUGAAUUUACAAGGAGAGAAGGCUGGUACAUGAGCCUUACAAACCCUCAUGCAAAUGGAGUUUUAUUGUCAUUGAAAAGGAGAAGAUCACAAACAAAAACCCCACUAAAAUACAAAGCAAUCCACCCCCCAAGCAAGAAUCCCCCAAAACAUUGUCUGCAGUGUUGUGUAACAAAAGUGAUAGUGUUAUGCAAGGGAGGGAACAGUCAAGAAGUGAAAAGACUAUAAACAAAAUCUGGGAAGGGAAUGCCACCCUGUGUGCAGGCAGGUUUGUGGUUGUGUUUUGUUGUGUUUAUUUUAAUAGGGUGCUGCUAAUUACCAACAUGAAGACACUAGUUUCAGGAUUUAGACAAAUUCCAUUGAGAGCUAUGGAGUCUGAUACAGCUUUGUGCAUGGAAAAUUCCAGAGCAGUGGAAGAGAAGAUAAAAGAGGACUCCAUCGCACAGAUUACUUGCUCAGUCCUGGGGUUCCCCACUGCUGAGCCCAACCUCAGAAAUGAUAUCUUCAGUGUACAGCAUUUUGGUUCUCCGCCAUCCUCCAAGUGCUAUCAGUCUGUCUUGUUAAUGAGUACAAAUUCUGCGUUUAGCAACAAAACCGGUAAGCAAACGAAAGCAGGAGAGCUCGACUGCUCCAAGAUGAGAAAUUCAUUACAUAAUGGUGCUGACACAUCAUUUGGUCGGAUUAGUCAUUCAGAACCUGAGGAACAGGUCAAAGGGGAAACAUUUUCAGAGACCACAUCUCCGAAUUUGGCAGAAACACAGAGACUUUUGGAUUCAAAUGUAACCGAAUCCAGUAAUGCAGAAGAAAUGCAGCUUUUAAAUGGUAAAUGGUACAAGAAGAAUGGUUUUUUGGGUAGGGCUUUGGAAGUCUGCACUGAAACAAUAAAAGGGGAUUUAUUACACCAAAUUCUUCACGGGCCUUCAGAAGGGAUUUUGAGCUGCACCCCGGAGGAGGUGUAUGCUCGCUUACUCCAGUGUGUCACUAAGCAACAAAUGGAAAUCAGUCGCGCCAAAAGAACUCAGAAACGUUUACAAAUGCUCCUGGCAAAGCAUGUUAUCAAACACUGUGAUCAGCAGCUGAAAUGCUUCGUGAAAUAUCAGCUACAAAGAAUGAAGGUUUUCCAUGAGCCAACCAGAUUUUUGAGCAGUAGCUCCCUCAGGUGCACUGAAGGUUGGCCAGAAAACAACACAACUACUUUGGAGAGUAGUUCUAGUACGGAUGUACAGAACGGAGUUAGCAUUGCACCACGUGAAAUCCGGGGGUUUGCACUUUCUACUGGAGGGCUGCUGUCUCGUGUGGAGAAGGAUCUGGACUCUGAUGCAACAUGUAGCAGCUCAGAUGAAGAUGGUGAGGAACGGACUGUAAGAACAGCUGUGGAAGCCAGCUAUACUUCUGAAUGGAAGUGGCUUGCAGACAGAGCUAGAAUUGGCAGCCGUUGGACAUGGCUUCAAGCCCAGAUUUCAGAACUAGAAUACAAAAUCCAACAACUAACUGACCUUCACAGGCAGAUACGUGCCACCAAGGGGAUGGUGAUCUUAGAAGAAUUCCCAUUUCCAAAAGACAUUUUGAAGAAGCAAAUACAAUUGACAGACCAAGAAGCUUUAUUAAACGCCACAGGGAAUUCGCAAGCUGCCAUUGAGAGACAGGAUUCUUUGCCGGAGCAUGACUUUGAAAUGUCACCCAGCAGUCCUACCCUGCUUUUACGAAACAUAGAAAAACAGAGUGCACAACUGAGUGAAAUCAUCAGCAGCCUAAUUGCUCCACUCAAUCUGUCUCCAGCUUCUUCAUCUCUUUCAUCCAAGACCUGUAGGCACAGACAGCUGGUCAAUGGCAUCUCCUUCAGAGCUUCAGACAACAGAGAAGUAUCCUCUUCAAGCAGCUGGUUGCUUGAUCAUCAGCACAUCAAGAAAAGACGAAGAGACAGGACAAGACUAAGAUCUCUCUCUGUGGCUAAUGUGAGCACAUCUGCCCGAACAAGGCCACUUCAUAGUUUCCAGAAGAGGAAACUCUACAGAAUGCACAGGGCCUGUUACUGGAAUCAGCAGACUUCACCAUCUAGAGAUGCCUCCUUUCCAUAUAAAACUCAGUUACCGUGUAUGGUGCCAGCCUCCGCUUUGACCAGUAGUGAGUACAGCUCAGAAUCUAAAAUACUGGAUUAUGUGCAAGAGCUGGACUCUUCCUUUCAUCCAGUCUUAUCAUUCCCUUCAGAGAUUCCUCUUCACAUAUACUUUGAAACAUUAUUAAGGAAGGAUGACAUCAAAGGAGAACCUGUUGAUACCUCAUCUUUGGGAGUGGAGUUUAAAGUAUCUCCAGACAAUGACUAUAAUCAACAUAAUGUUUCUGUCAAACAAUGGAGCAGUGACUGUUUAUCUAAUUCGAAAUCUCAGUCAGUGUCAGGAACAUCUGACCAGCUGUCAGAAGGAAGAAAGAAAAGACAUCUAAGUGAGACAGCAGUAGGCGAACGUAACGGUAGGUUUGAGACAUUCUCCUUUCAACAUGCAGAACCAGAAUCCCAUAGCAGUUUUGCUGCCAUGACCAAUGUCAAUGCGAUGUCUAGGCCCACUCACAGCACUUCAUCCCAGCAUAACUCCAGGAGGAGGUUGAGAAGUGAGAGCUCCUAUGAUAUAGACAACAUUGUUAUUCCAAUGUCGCUGGUGGCACCAUCGAAGUUGGAGAAACUACAGUACAAAGAAAUCCUUACCCCAAGCUGGAGAGUUGUUGAAUUUCAACCUUUAGAAAGAUCUCAUACAGAUGAAGAAGAGAUAGAAGAUCUGUCAGAUGAAGUUUUUUCCUUACGUCAUACAAAGUAUGAAGAAAGAGAGCGAGCAAGGUGGUCGCUGUGGGAGCAGAGCCGCUGGCCCAGAAGGAAUAGCAGAUCUUACAGCAAAAAUGCUGACGGACGACACAGCCAAGAUUCGGUGCAGAAAGACCACCACAGCAGCUCCUGUGCCCCGCUGCAUUGCGCUGCUGAACCUGUUUCCGACUUGACAUCAGAAGCACACAGCUCUGUUGGUUCAGGGAUUGCACAACUCUGCAGGGAGAGCCAAGAAGGGAAGUCUGGGCUGUGGGAACUUCGAGUUUUUCCACUAAAAGAUGAAGAGGUAGAAGCUUUACUGUGCCAAGAUCAAAUAACGAAUCAGACUGAAAUGUCAAGUGCAGCUUUCUCCAGCGACUCUCUCUGUACUUCAUGCAUACCCAUUGGUUUGCCAGACAAUGGCCAGCCACCAAGAAAACAAUCUACUGAAGAGCCAGAAGACUGCGAAAACGUUUGCCUGGGAAUCAACAAUACAAGAAAACAAAGGUGACAGGGAAUAAUGUGGUUCAUUAAGAAAGCCAAUUAAGGUGGAGAAAAGUGUAAGGUAAAAUCUCUCUUGUUCACACAGCAUAUGACAGCACAAUUCAAAACCCGUACGUUAGCUGCAUAUAAUAUAUUUUCUUUCUUGCUUUGUAACAGGCAGGAUAAAUUCCAAAGACAACACUUUCUUCUUCCUGAACCCCAAGAGAAAGUAAUUAUUUCAAGCUGGAAGUCUAAUAUUCCCAAUGUCGGGAGUGGGCGCACAUAAAUUGCUGGCACCAUUCACUUUCUGUUGUCAUAUUGCCACAUUUAUUAAUAAUCAUCCUUUUCUGUUUUGUUUGUUUUCAAAUGCAUUUCUGGUUCUGGUGGAUUCUGUUGCAGCAGGAGAUGCUGUCUACCUUAACCAACAACUUCAACUGAACACAGAAAAACUACUUGAAAAAAUAGUGGGGAGAAGCGAUAGCCUCGGAUUAUUUUCCUGUGUGGCAUGACCAUGGGGCAGAAAUCUGCCUCUCUAAAUGCAUGUGUGUAAUCUGUGUGUAAGAUAAGGGUAGGUGAGAACCAGCAGUUUCAAAGCAGGCGUUCUGGAAGCCUUGCAUCUAGCUUAAAAUCUGUACUCAGCUCUCCGUAGUGCCAGGGCAUUGUUUCAUGUAGAUGUCCCUCAAGCAAUAAGAUAGAAAUAGACCACUGCAUUUCAAUAGUCGAUAUAUCUGCUACUCAGAAAGUAGGGUUUCUGCUUCAGUCGUGUGGGUAUAGAGAAAUGGAAGGAAGGAGGAGUCGAGUCAAAUCAGUGACGCAGCUCUUUGAAUAUUGUGGUUUGGGUCAUCUUAACUUCCUUGGUCCUCCAGUAGUAAUGAGGCUCAUAAUAUUUUGCUUUAAUAUGUUAAAGACAAAGUCUCGUUCCAAUUUCUGUACAGUGCCUUGUAAGAGUCUCGUAAGUAUGCCAACAUUUGGUGACUAGCUGAAAAGGAAAAGAUGAUUGAUGUCUAAAAGACCAAUAAAGAAAGAAGCCCCAAAGCUUUCCAUUGUGAUUCUGGAUAGAUUUUUAAUUUCCCAGUGAGUUCACAGUGAGGAAACAAAAGCAAGUUGUUUAAACUUGCAUCUGAAUAGCACAGCUUGGAAUGUAUCUGCAAUCUCAAGAGGUAUUAACAAAGAUUAAACAUUGAAUGUAGGUAUAAUCCAUCAACAGGAGGUUUUUCUGUGUAGGACAGUUGAAGGCAAUUUAAUAGGAGUCUCUGUUUUUGUGCAAAAUUUUCUUCCAUGUGUAAUAUCUGGAAUGGCACUGGACAGAUGACCCAGUUUUAGUGUCAAAAUUUUUUUUUUUUUUUGUCAAAAUGACAGGAAAUAUACACUGGGCAUCUGAAAACAGUAGAGUUUCAACACUACAACCUAUUGCUACAUUGUAGUUUAUUGCACAUUCUGAUUAUUUUUUUAAACACUUUUUUAACACUGGUUUGUCUUAAACUUGAAUCUUGCCUCAAUGUCUGAUACAAUAAUCUUUGAUGCAAGGUUGGUUUUUUAAUUAAAAGUUAUUUCUAUA